UAUUUAAAUAAAAUAGAAGUUAGAAGGUGAUUAUUUCUACACUUCAAAAUUUAUAGAUUUGAUUUACGUAUCCCAACUAUUUUACUUUAUACAUGUCUACUUAUAUUAACAAUAAGAAGUCUAAACAUUAAAUGGAAAAGUAAUAUUAAUAUAAGGAACUACAUUUAAAAAAUGAAUAACAUAGCCUACACAAAUCCACUGGAAACAGUACAGUUUAUAUCCAUCUGUAGCUACUUAUACGCACUCAGUGAUUUCUUAUUCAUUGAAAAAUAUCUGCCAGAAGUUGAUCAAAACAGACAAAUUCCAGUUGUUAAUGCACUUUAUGAGUAUUUAGAAGACUAUCGUGAUAAUCAAGUAAUGAAACUUAAACUAAUCAGAUAUUUGUUAAAAGGUAGCGACUUAUAUGGAGAAGAAGAAAACGAAAAUGUUGACAUAAUUUUUGUGAAUACCAUGUUUGACUAUAUUAUUAAAUCUCUUGUGUUUAAUAAAUAUGGAAAUAUUUAUGGCUUCUUGGCUGAGGUUGUUCGAAAAACUCAAAACAUACAAUUAGAUAUUUUGUUUAAGGAAAUAUUGUCCAAUCUACGAACUGCGACAUUUGAAAAUGAGUAUGGUGAAGCGUCGAGACUUACUCUUUUAGCAGCAAACAGGAUAUUUACAGAUAUAAUAUUACCAUUGUUUCCACAAUCUAAGAGAAAUAUUAAUUUUUUGUCACUUGAUUAUAUUUUAGCACAAGCUGGAUUAUUGUACCUUAAACCUGGUAAAAUUAAUACUGCAUAUUAUACAGAUUUUGAAAAUAUUAAUUCAACCGUCUUGGAUCAAGAAAAUUUAUUUGACGAAUACUUAACAACAGGAUUAAUAAUAAGAAAAAAUUUAAUAAAUAACAACAGAAGUUUAUCAAAUUUACCGGCAUUUGCUUUACCAGCACUUUUUUUAUAUACUUCGAAAAAAUAUAUUGAUGAUUACGAAAAUAUUGCACAUCUAGUUUUUGAUCCGUAUUUUUGGAAAAGAACAUAUGAAAAUCUCUUGUCUCACAUUAAUGAGUGUUUUUAUCAAAUAAAUGAUGAACUGAGUAAUGACACAAAUUAUGAAUUGCACAUUGUCCUUUUAAAAUUUUACAAACAUUUGGCAAAAAUUAAAGACAUGUUAAACAUUAACUGCAAACAUCUAAGUUCAGGAGAAAAAAUAAAUUCACCAGUUCUUUUACUUUUAAAUGAAUGCCGUGGGGAAAUUAUGAUAUCAAGUUUAUCUCAAUUGUUUAUUAAUUAUUUAAAUAUAGUUAGUGAAACAUUUCAAAAGCAUGAUAUGAAGUCAGUUGAGCAAUCAUUUGGAAAACCUUUAUUAAAAUCAUUAAAUUCUGCUAACGUAGAUAUAGAUUUACUAGCUCCAAAAGAUAAUGUCGUGCAUGGCAUUUUUGAUAGUGCUACACGUUUACCAUACGAUUUGUUUGAGUUUAACUAUCAUAAAAAUCAAACUACAGAAUAUUAUGUUUUAUUGCGAGAAAAUUAUACUACCACAUUAAUCAAAGUAGCUGAUAAUGAUGAAAAUUUUCAAGAUAAAAUUGGUGUCGAUAUUCAACUACUGCUAAGUCAUAGGUUUCAUCGUAUACAUUUAAAAUCAGUUGACCAGAAUAUGGAUUUAUUUUUGAAAGAAUUUAUAGCCUAUAAGACAGUAAGACUUGAAUCAUAUUUAUCAUUUUCUGGCAUUAAUCAAAAAAUAGGUGAUUGGUGGAAAGAAUUUGGUUUAACAUUGGUGCCGUUUUAUAAGUCAAAAAUAGAAAAAGCACAGGAUAAUUCUCACGUUCAAUCUGUAGGCGAAUUCAAUGAAAUAAAGUAUUUUAAUGAAUUACCUAAUAAUAUAUUUGUAUUAAUAAUUCCAGAAAAAACGAGAACAUUACUCUCCUCAAUAGGUACAACUAUUAAAACAAUUUAUUUGAAAAAUAUAACUGAUGAAUUAAGUGAUUACACAAUCAAAUUAAAUACAAAAAAACCAAUACAACUACAAAAUAAUACAAAUACCAUGGAACAUUUUGAAAAAUUGUCAUUGCAUUUAGAGGAACCUGGAUUUGAAAUUGAAUCAAUAACUAAUGAAAAUCUAAUGUUUCUAAAUUUAAAAAUUUCUGAAUUACAAAACAAAAAGCUUUAUUCCUUUAUUAAUGUUAAAAAUUAUAUACAUAAUAUGCAAAUCUUUAAAUCUAAUUCUUCGAGACAAAUAAAUAUUUUGGGUAAUAGGGUAAAACAAACUCUAUACAUAAAGAGUGAAAAUUUAACUACUAAUACUGGUUACGGUUAUAAGUUUAUUUAUUUAGCCCCAUUUAAAACUGCACAUUUAAGAACUGAUUUUGAAGUAAAUAAAAAAUUUUUUAUUACUUUUAAUUAUACUAAACCUAAUGGAGAAAAAAUGUAUUCGUUAAUUCAGAAUGACACUUUCGUACUUCAACAGCGGUACAUAUAUGAAUUUUAUAACCAACUACAAAAGAGAAUUGAUGCUGAUGACUUUGUAGGAAUAUAUAUGCAUCCUACCGAUGACGGAAAAUGUGGAAUUAACAAAAAUAAAGUAUCAACGUUUCUGGAAUGUUCAUUGCAUAAACGUAUCGUGGAAAAGCAACGACAUAUGACUGAAUGUAUACAAGUUGCUUUGACAAGAAAUUCUAAUCUUUCAAAACAACUGGUAAUGGAAACAAUGGAAUUAUAUGCAUUUCCAGAUGAAGGUCGUAUGGAUUUAAAAUUUGUGGAAGAUUGGUCGAAAAGUACAGACUUGACAUUACCAGAAUGGGGUAAAGAGUAUAUUAUUGACAAUUAUGCUCUGUUCUUUAAAUUAAAAAACCAACUUGAACUUGAAAUUAUUAAUGUAACAAACUUUUAUGGAAGAUUAAUAAUUAAUUCCAUUUACUCCUUCAAAAAUAGACAGCAAAUUGAGAGACGAAUGUCAUUGGAGAAAAUAAUUGAAAAUUUUAAUUUGGAACAGGCACGUUAUGCUGCUUCAUUUGAAGAUUACUAUGCGAUUCGAAAUUUUGUCACAACCGGUUAUACGAGAAUAACGGAGAGUACACAUGAGGCAACUUUUAUGAAAAUUGCUUUAUAUAAAUUAGCAAUAAGACAAUCAGAUGAUCCAAAAAAUGAAUUUGAUACAAUUUUAUUUCGAACUGAAGUCGUUCCUAUUGAUAUUGUUAACAGAACAUUCGUAUCAGGAAAAAUACAUAUUUUGAAAAAAUUUUCAAUGACACAUGUUACUGAAUUAUCUGCUAUUAGUUUCUCUGAUGUUGCAAUGCCUGGAUAUAUAAAUAUUUUAUAUGAAAUGAAAUUUAUUCAACCUUAUUUUAGAGCAAAUAUUAAAAAAUUGUAUCAUUUUAAUGAAAAAAUACCAAUUCUAUUGCCUGGAACUGAAUUUUCCAUUGUAAGAGUUAGUGAAGAGAAAUUUUUCAAAAUAGGUAACUAUUUAAAAGUUGAAUUAAUAUAUAAUCAUAGAAGUAAAGAGAAAUACGAAUGGUAUAAAAGUAUUAUGAAAGAAAUCACACGACUUUUGUCUAAACUAUAAAACAUUUUUAUAUUUAUAAAUGUUCGUUAAUAGCGUUAAAUCAUAUGUGAUUGAUUAAUUUUUCUACUACUUUUCUCGUAAAACA